CGCGUCCGGCUACAAACUCGCAGUCCCAACAUGCUCGGUGUGUGUGUGUGUGUGUGUGUGUGUGUGUGUGCGGCAACAAAGUGUGUCAAUGUUUGUCAAGCGGACUCUUUUUCGGAACGCGUGCCCGAGGAAAAACUACUAACAUCUCAUGCCGACGAUGAAAAUAUGGCAAACUCCUUGCCGUGUGCAGGGAGUCUUGUAAGAAGCAAAUCUGAGGGGACACUGAUCGAUCUGGAUGAAAACGCUUUAAAUGGUAACAAAAUAUGGAAAUGUGCCUCCAACGCCAAAGAACGAUGACGAGACAAGACAAAAUCCCUUUUGGAACAAGCUGUCAGGAUCUAUUCCUUUCGAUGACAUUGCACACAACAACUCUGAUAACCUUAUUUCCAACACAUCACACAUAUUCCCAGGAUCUGUAAACCACCUGGACACAGAAAAUGGGGACACCAUUAGCACAUCUUCAGAUGAAGGCAAUGUGGGGAACUUUCUGGAAAAGAAAAACAAAGCCAAUAACAAAUCUGGGAGAUGGAAGAGUGCCACAGACAUUUUGGAUAAUUUUGAGAGGAAGACACCAAAGAGAGGGGACAGCUUCAAACCACCCCAGCCUGUUCUAACUCCUGAUUUUGAUUGGCUAAAAAAUGAUAGAGAAGCCUAUAAAAUGGCUUGGCUGAGCCACAGGCAGUUAACUCGCUCUUGCUUGGACCUAAAUCUGAUAAGCCAGAGUCCUGGAUGGGCUCAGACUCAGGCAACAAACUUUCAGGUCAUCUGCAAGAUCAGCCAUGAUGGAGGCACAGUCCACCUGCCAGACUCUGAAAUUAGUAUGCACGUCCCGGAGGGCCACAUCCCUCCUGGUGAAGUUCAGGAAGUUACACUGAAGGCAAUGCUCGACCCCCCUCCUGGACUCAACAACAACUACAUUACCACUAUGAGUCCACUUCUGGAAGUAGUGCUCAGCAACAUCAACACAAAGGGUUCAAUCUCCUUGAAGGUUAAGCUGUCCGGAGAAGUGCGGAGCGACCCGUUAAGUCAGGUCCUGACCACAGUGGUCGGACUCUUGUCUUGCAAAAGAGAAGGACCCUAUACUAGAGUGAAUGACUGUGACAUUUUCAACAACGUAAUGCAGAUGAAGCUCCAGCACCUGAAGACGCAUUUUUACGUGAUAGCAGUCGCAGAGGCCUCAGCCAUUCAGUCCACGGCUAUGUCAGUCUGGGAUUACCUUCACCGCCAAAUCACAGUCGCCAUCUAUGGCCCCAGGUACAUCCAUCCAGCUUUUAAUGUUGUAAUAGUGGUGUGCUGUCACGAGGAGGUACCACCAAAGCUCCCGUUUUUGGAUAUAUGUCGAGGAAACAGACUGCCUCCACUCGUGCUGCAGCUUUGGGGAACACAUCACCUUAGGACUGACAACCUGCACGACCUGCUUGUCACCACUAGUAUCGCAGGCUCUACGUUUAAAAUCAGACUUGAGGACACGGUGAAAGAAGUGAGGCUGAGCCAGCUCAAAAUUGGGACAGUGCUGCGUUUACCGGUGGCCUUAUCUUGUGCUAGUAGCAAAGACCUAAGUCCGUUUCAGUUAGAUCUGCACGUAACUGAAACAAACUCUACAACUGUUGCAUAUUUCCAGGUCCCUUCCCCUCCUGCAGCACCGAUUCGAUGUGAAAAGCGCAUGCCAAAUCAAACAAGUGGAAAAGUUGUUGAAAUAUCGAAAACAACCUCUAUUCCUGAGGAACGGGUGUCAGAUUUCCCCAUCUUUAAAGAUGGACCUGUGAACCUAAAAUGGUAUGGUGUAGCCCUAAAGUCAGUUCUCCGUCAGACACACGUGGACUACCUAUUGGAGUACUUCAAGGGAGACACGUUGGCUAUCCUCUCCAAGGCGACCGUUAGAUCUGUAGGGAAUUCAAAGGUAAAGGAGUGGUACAUUGGAUUCCUUAGGGGCAAGAUCGGUUUGGUCCAUUGCAAAAAUGUCAAGCUCAUUACGGUCGAUCAAGUGAUCGACUUUACCGGCAUUCACGUGACCACAGAGGUUCUCCUGGACAACAUGACACUGCCCUUCAAGAAGCUUACGUACAUGUACUCAGCCAUCCAGACAUUAGUCACUGAGCACAUAACCAACUGGAGAGAUUUUGCAGAUGCUUUAGGGUAUUACAAUCUGUCGCUGGACAGCAUCACUCGCAGAGUUGCUGAAACAGAGGCUGAUAAGGUGGCCUGUGUGCUGGAAAAGCUGAAGGAAGACUGCCACGCUGAGAAGAGUGAAAAGAAAUUCCUUCACGAACUCAUGGUUAGUCUGUUAAAGAUGGACAGCAUCGAUCUUGUGGCCCAGAUGAUUCAGAAUACAGUUAUCCUGUCCACUGCUGUGGAGCUGGGGAUUCGAUGGCGGGAGCUCAUUGACAAAACGGCAAAGCUGACCAGUGCUCAGAUCGCUGUCUAUGAGGCUCCACACAGAGAAAAGAAUGGAGAAGUUGGGCCUCAGUUCAUGUGGAAACCUGCCUACGAUUUCCUGUUCUCCUGGAGUCAACAUUAUGGAAACCGAUACAGAGACGUGAUUCAAGACCUCCACCUGGUCCUAGAUAAAAUGAAGAAUCCUGUCACCAGACAAUGGCGACAACUGACCGGUGCCCUCAUCACAGUCAACUGCCUCAAUCUCUACAGGGACUCAGCAUCCCGAAAGACCUAAGCUAAGCACUUUUGCAAUCAGAGCAUGAUAAUGUCCCUGCACUUAGACUUCUUCUGUUUGUUUACUGUAUGUCUUUGUCCUUUAACUGCAGCUGUGAUCAGCAUGUCUUGAAAUCAGAUGAGGAAAAAAAAAAAAUGUAAUCAAAUAAAAAAUGAAGGCCAGUUUUCCCAUCAGGACAUUGUGUUUAUGAAAAUGAGAUAAACACAUUACAGUGAUAUUCUCCUUAUAAUUUUUAGGGACAUCUACCUAUGUAUUCUUUUACCCGUAAAAUGUCAACAUUUAUCAAAUAAUGAUGAUUACAACAUGUAUUUUUUGGGUACUUUGUACAGACUACUUGUUCCUUUUGAAUAUAAGUCACAUCACUAUUGUUGCGGUAGAUGUUUAGAUAUUUGCAUCAGUUAAUCUGAAACACAAAGCAUCUGAAUUGAGACACCAAGAAAUGUGAAACUCAUUUACGUGCAUUAACUUAUGAUUUAUAUGUACUUCCUGAAUGCUCUCCUAACGUGAUAAUGAACAGGUACUUUAUAUUUUGUAUUGUAACGUUAUAUUUUACAAGGAAACAUUACUUCCUAUACACCAUGUUGCCAAAUGUUUUAAAGCUGCACUAUUGAUCCUUGUUUAGAGUGGUACCAAGCUUGACACAGAAAUGAACUGUUGCAUUUGAUGGAAACAUUCACUGAAACUAAACUACCUGGAGGAAUCACAUUUUAAUAAAUGAGAUCUUUGUAACA